AAGAAAAGCCGUCGAUUUAAAGUAAAGAAUUCUUUUAAGAAACUAAUUUUAUAAUGGCUCAAAAAUCAUUAAAUUUAUUCAUUAAAGGAAGAAAAAAGCUGUGUUGCGUUACAUGUACAAUUAAUGUUUUAGAUGUACGAUGUUCAUCAGCACAAUCAUUUUAUCAUUGUCAGAUAUUGAGAUGCAGAUUACUAAUGGCUAGUAUUGAACAUCAAUUUAUCAUUGGAUCUCCUAUACCAAAAAAUACACAAUGCUUCUACGUAAUUAUAACAACUGAUUUCUAUAAAAGUAGAUUAUUUCAAAAGGUCACUGAUGAGUUAAAUUUAAAAAUUUCAGAGCCACAGCCAGUGACUCAACAGGCAUAUAUAAAUUGUUUAAAAUACACAAUUGACUUCUAUAUAGCACCAGACUGGAAUAAAGUUGCCAAUUUAUACCUUGAAGGAGAAAAAUUUUGGGCUGAAAAAGAAAAAUGUUCAGCUAUCAAAUACAAUAUUAAAUUGAUCUCUCCUGAAGGAUCUGACUCUGACAAAAUUUCUUUAGAAUUGACUUCUUUAAAAGCCAAGCUCUUUUCAGUGAAACUUCAUCAUCUUUGUUUACCUCAUUCAGUGAUUGUAGAUUUUACAGCUGGACUAUCCGACUUUAUUGAUGUAUCUCUAUUUGAUCAGCCAAGAGUUUCUGUUCUUCCCAGUAUGAUAAAAGGAAGAGUAUUGUACAUAUUUAGAAAAAUUCCUCCAACUUGUCCAUACAAAAACUGGGUUGAUAUGAGGCGUCAUUGGAAGAACAUGUAUGGCUAUCGAUUACCAAAAACUGAUGAAGGAAUCAUAUAUUACGAAAUUUAUUUCCCUAUGUUUAAAAAAAGUUCCAAGCCUACGACUUUUAUUUAUCCUGAUUUAUGUAUAAGAUGUGAUUUAAGUGAAUUUCAAGAACCAAGUGAUGAUAUUAUUAACACGUUUAUCGAAGAUUUUAAUAAUAUUAUGCCUAAAAUUGGUGCUUCAUAUGAAGAAAUCCAAGAAAAAAACGAUAAUUAUUCAACAAAUUCUAAGUUAUUGAAAAUUCAUAAUGAUCAAAUUGGCACAAAAGAUGAUACAAAUAUUGUGGAAUCUGCAGAACCAAAGUCUGAUAAUGUUCAAGAGUUUAAGAAACCAACUCGACUUUCUUCAACAGCAUUUGAAAGACUUAAUUCUCGAGGUAUAUCUACUCCAAUGUCUCCAACGUUUAGUAUGUUAAGAAAAAGAUCUUCCAGUCCAAAAAAAUUAUUGAACUUUCCCAAUCUAAAAAAAAUGAAAGAAGUACAUGAAUCUUAUAAAUUAGAAAAUCAUCAAUCUUCAUCCAUGGUUGACAAUCAUACACACGAUAAAGCUUUUCCUAAUUUCAAUAAUCCUAAAAAUAGAAUAUCAUCUCCACCAGUAUUUUCAAAAGCUUCUUUCAUUUCACAAAAAGAAUCAAAUUUUCAAAAUAUUUUUUGUAAUUUUUUUCAUAGUAGAAAAAAGAGUGUAAUGCCGGGACAAAAUACCGAUUCGAAAAACGCAAAAGAAAAUUUAAUGCUACAAUUUGAUAAAUCAAACAUUGAUAAACAAAAUUUUUCAUCAUCUGUCAUAAGUGAUGAAAAAGUUUCUUUCGAUAUAUUCGCGUAA